CGCUGGUCAAACAGCCGAAGAAGAAGAGGAAGAAGAAAGAAAGAAAUAAAGGCUAAAUUAAAUUCCAGUUUUGACAUUAAUCUUCGUAUCUUAACCCCGGACUGUGUCCUGCAGACCAGCCUCUCAGAAGAGGAUCUCCCCCGGCUGGAUCGACCAGGCAGCAGGAUCAUGGAGCCAGCAGAGGAACCAGGACCAGACUCGGGCUCCCAGGACGUCAACCCGCUGUUCCUGCAGCAGCUCAGGGAGCUGGACAUCCCUGAAGACGCGGCCAAACAGGCGCUCCUGCACACUCGGAACGUGUCUGCCGAGGAGGCGGCCAUGUACUACUUCAACAAGCUGGAGAAUGAGGAGGAGGGGGACGAUGACGUCUUGUUCAAGAUGGUGUUUGUGGUCAACAUGGAGCUCGCCAUGGGCGUUGGAAAGGUGGCGGCCCAGGUGGGACAUGCUGCCGUGGGUUUGUACCAGGCUCUGCAGGAGAAGAACAGCUGGAGGGAGAUGGCCUGGAAGUGGGACCACAGCGGGGCCAAGAAGGUGGUGCUCCAAGGCACCACUGCAGCUCACCUGCUGGAGCUGCAGGCCCUGGCCAUGAGCCUGAGCCUCCCCACCUACCUGGUCCAGGACGCAGGACUCACCCAGGUGGAGUCUGGCUCUCGCACCGUGCUGGGCAUCAUGGGAGAAGACGAGAUGGUGAACAAUGUGACUGGCAGUCUGAAGCUGCUCUGAGCGGUCCGGUCUCUGAGGUUGGGGCAAGGCUCUGCGGUGCCACCGGUCAACCAGUAGAGGGCGCCAUUAUUCCGAAGCAGGAAGUUUUGUUGUCAAGCAUGAGCCCGAAAACCACGAGUGGGUGGAAAAACUUGGAAUUAAGAAAACACGCAGCCAUUUAUUUAGUUUCAAUUCUUGUGAUUCGUCCUGUAUGUCUUAAUUGGUGCCUCCUAAUCCUCUCUCUGACAGUUACCGGGGAAAUCAAUCUCAGCUAAAUACAGUUUCAAUGCUAAAAAUGCACCUGGAGGAGACAUGAGGACACGAUCAGGGAGGUUGCACCGGUUUACCCUUCACAGGAGUACUUUGAUUGGCUGCAACGUCUAUAUAAUCUCAAAUUUAAAACACCAUGUUGUAAAUUAAAAAAGAAAUUGACAUUUGCUGUUUCAAACACAUUCGAUCAACUGAAAGAAUUGAUAAACUACAUCAUCACAUUGAAACAUAAUGCUGGCAAACUGAUUCCAUGUUAACUGAUUCCAUGUUGUAUAUAUAUAUCGUUGAUUAUAACAAUGACUGAAGCAGAAAUGUGUCAUUUUGUUAAAUAUGUGUCACCUGGUUUUCUCUCUCCUCGUAUGUCUCCUCCACUCUUCUGCUCAUGUCUCUGGCAGGAGGUCUAGAUUCAGAAAGAGGAGUGGAGAUUGUGCCGGUUGGCAAGUGGGAAAAGCCGUGUGUGUCUGAGUUUCUCGUACUGUUAAGAGAACGAAGGCAGUGAUGUGUUUGUUCAAGGUUAUCAGAUGUCUUGGUUACCCGUUAAUUUGCUGACUGACUACAUGAAAGCUUUUUUUUUUUUUUUUUUAGUUUUUCAAAUCUUUAUUCAACUUGUACCAGACCCAAACUUCUGUAACUGCUCCAAUCCCAUUAACACUUACCGAUACGUCCAGAUUUUAUUUAACGUGGCCGCCCUGGAAACUUUCUUUAUCAUUUAUGUGCCAUUUCAAACUAUGUUUCUGUUUCUUUCUUUUCUUUUUAACGGGGGAACUUUUGAGUUAUUUAAUUCAGCGAUUUGGUCAAAUCUGGCAAAUUUUGUGGAGUAAAAAUGUCACAUUACGUCUGGAUAGUUUACAGUAAAGAAUUUCAUCAGCUUUCACCCUGACAGUUCGUGCGUGGCAGUUGUCUGUAGAGUUGUUUCGAUACCAGUAUUGGAAAUACUUGCUGAUGCUACCAAAAGUAAGGGUAUCAUAAAUUAACGAGUGUUUACGUCUAUGCACCAUCCAAUACUGCGUAAGUUCUAUAAGUGGAAGUCUUCAUUGAUGCUCUUAAAGCAACUCUUGAGAAAUUAGGCAACACUGCCUUUCAACUUCCUGUUUUGAUUAACCACGUGCAUGUAGAUAUCUAGCAUUUUGUUGAUAAUCCCACCAGGAACAUGAUGUCAUGUUCACCAUGAAACGCUGCGGGUUCCAGGGGGGCCACGAAUGUGGUCAAAACAUUGUUACCAUUGGCUUUUGGACAGCCACUCUCGUCAAAUGUUAACAUAAAAAUGCAUUUUUAAUUUGACUACACUUUUAUGAAAUUAUUGGGCUUUUUUUUUUUAAAUUAAAUGUAAUACAUAUUUGUGAUUUGACGUUAAUUCAGAAAAAUGUUUAAAUAAAUUAAAAUAAUAGUGGUAUCAGAUCAGUAUGUGUCGGUCCAUACCCAUAGGCCACAUAUUGUAAAGGGGAACUAAAUGGUUGCAGAACAUCUAGUUAUCUACACAGUAAUGUUACUCAUAAGUUAUCUAGUUGUGGUUAUGUUGUUACUAACAAAUACUGAGGAGCCGGAGCUGCAUAAAGUUAUACAGUUUUUACGUGAUUUGAAAGAAACCUUGCAAACAAAUGAUGCUGUAGUUCCUCGAGGUUGACAUGAAAUGUAGAUGUGAACAUAUAGUUUGAAUCCCAACAUUAUAACACUUGUAGUGACAUGUUCACACCCUUAUUAUUCUGUUGUCCAAGUGGUUCAGUGGUGAUUAAAAUAUACCCAG